UGUGUUUGUGUUGUUGUUGGUGGUGAGAUAUCGCAAUGGGGGAUUUGGAGCGAAUGGGAAGAGAACUGAAAUGUCCGAUCUGUUGGAGUUUGCUCGAUUCCGCGGUUUCGCUUACCUGCAACCAUCUUUUCUGCAACUCCUGUAUAUUCAAGUCCAUGAAAUCAGCCUCUGCGUGUCCCGUCUGUAAAAUUCCUUUCACGCGCCGAGAGGUUCGUCCUGCGCCUCACAUGGACAACUUGGUCAGCAUAUAUAAAAACAUGGAAGCUGCUUCGGGAAUUAAUAUAUUUGUCACCCAGAAUGCACCUGUUACUAAAUUAUCAGAUGAAGAAAAGCAAUGUGAAGGUGGUGCUGACAACUCUGACAACGUGGAAGCUGGUGAGACUCAUAAAAGUCAUGCACGGGGGAAGAAAACCGUUAAGAGAAAGAAGUCGAAGACAGUUCAGACCAGCACGGAAGGUUCAGGCUCUGGUUAUGACUUUGCAAAACCUUCUUUUCCUGCAAAGAAAAGGGUGCAGGUGCCGCAAAAUAUUCUUUCAGAAACUCCGUUAAAGAAUGUGAAGGUUGGAGACUCUGUUGGUGACAUUAACAAAGAGGGAACUGAAAAGGUGUCAGUUAUGGAAGAUGAAAGGCCUCUCCAAAGUGAAAAAUGUGAUCCUGUUCUUUCACCAUUCUUUUGGUUGAGAGAGGAAAAAGAUGGUGAAAAGUUGAGUCAACCAACUGAUGAGGAUCAAGUUAUUGACGGCUUAACACCAAACCCUCCCUCAUUCAGUGAUCUCAAGGACUCUGAUGAUGAAAAUCCCCCGUCGGAUGAGGUGCUAAAUAAAAGUGCUGUUAAUUUAUUUGAUAGUGAUAUGUUUGAAUGGACACAGAGGCCUUGCUCUCCUGAAUUGUUUUCAAGUCCCUCCAAAAUGCAGGUCAAAGAUACUUAUGAGGAUGAUGAAAAUCAAGAGGAAUUGGUGGCUGCCACAAUGGAGCUGGAUGCAAAUCAGGCAAGUGCUGAUUCUGACAACAUAAAACUUGAGAAUCUCAAAGAAGGAAACAGAUUGGUUGAUGCAUUACCACCGAGUAUGUCUCCUCCUCACAUUAGAAGUAUGGAUGAUCUAAAUGGAAAGAAAAGGUCUACAAAAAGAGGCAGAAAGGCUAGGGAAAAAAUUAGGCAAGAUCAGAUUGGGGAACCAAAGAAUUCAAUUGACAGAAUGCAUGUUGAUUCAAAUAUAUCAAUAGAAGUCUCUCAUGAACAAGCAUUGAACUCUAAUCACAAAUCUUCUUAUUUGGGGAAGGUUACUAGAAUGGCCAAGAGGGUUUGUUUCAGUACCAGUUCCAUUCCAACACCUAUAACUGCUUGUACGGUUCCCAGCACAUUAGGAGGUUUAGGCAAUAGUGACAUGAAGAUCGCUAAGAAUUCAAAUACUUCACUAUGUAAACAAGAAAAUGAGAAGCAAUGUCCUCAGGAGAUUGCUCUAAAAGGCCAUAUGAAGAGGUCUGGAAAACAAAAUAUUGACCAAACCAAUGAGUUUGCUGGUUCUGCUUCAUCCAUUUUUAGUCUGCAGACAGAUCAUAAUGGGAAGACCUCAUCUAAUAGAAAGCAAAGCAAAAAGAAGUUUUCCAGAAAAUCUAUGUCCUGCAGUAAAGAAUUCAGAACUACUAAAAAGCCAAAACUUUCCUCUGAUUGUAUCUCCAAGACUAAAAACGGUGUAGAAAUUCUACCUAAUGAAAGUAUUCAUCAAGGUCCGGAAGUUAGGAAUUUGAAUAAUACAUCAAAAGAAAAGCAUUGUUCUUUGAUGGAUGAAACAUUUUUAAAGAAAUGUGGGAGUCAUGUAAAAAAGUAUCAAUGUGUUUUCUGUCACUCAUCAGAAGAAUCAGAGGUUUCUGGCCCUUUGGUGCAUUACCUUGAUGGCAAGCCUGUAACUGCAGAUUAUGAAGAGGGGUCUAAAGUAACUCAUUGUCACAGGAACUGCACAGAAUGGGCCCCCGAUGUAUACUUUGAUGGUGAUGAUGCAAUAAAUCUUGAAGCUGAAAUUUGUAGAAGUCGAAGAAUUAAAUGUAGUUUCUGUGGACUUAAAGGGGCUGCACUUGGUUGUUUUGAGAAAAGUUGUCGCCGGAGCUUUCAUGUUCCUUGUGCCAAAUGGACUUCUCAAUGUCGAUGGGAUACGCAAAAUUUCGUCAUGUUAUGCCCUCUGCAUUCUUCCUCCAUGUUGCCCUGUGAAGGUUCUGGAUCCCAAAAAAGGAGCAAGAAAUGCACAGCUAGAGAGGGAAAAAACCAUGGUCCUGAACAUGACACUACAAGCCAAAGUCGGACUGCUCAUAGAUCAUACAAGAAAAUUGUACUAUGUUGUUCUGCUCUAUCCGUACAGGAGAGGAAAGUUGUUUCUGAAUUUGAAAGAGUAUCCAAGGUUACAGUCUUAAAAGAUUGGGACUCAAGUGUUACCCAUGUUAUAGCUUCCACGGAUGAAAAUGGGGCAUGCAAAAGGACCCUCAAGGUAUUGUUGGGUAUCUUGGAGGGAAAGUGGAUUCUCAAUAUUGAAUGGAUCAAAGCUUGCUUGAAGGAAAAGGAUCCCGUUGAUGAAGAGUGGUAUGAAAUUAAUGCUGACAUCCAUGGAAUUAGGGAUGGUCCUCGUCUUGGACGACUAAGAGUAUUGAACAAGCAUCCAAAGCUUUUUGAUGGCUACAAGUUUUACUUUAUGGGAGAUUUUAUACCUUCAUACAAGGGGUAUCUGCAAGAACUUGUGGUUGCUGCUGGAGGGAUAAUUUUGCACAGAAAACCAGUGUCUGGUGACCAAGAGUCAAUGUUACCAGAUAUGCAUCCAUACCAAACCGUCAUAAUUUACAGCCUCGAGAUUCCUGAUAAAUGUAAGCCUUCGAAAGAGGAUACAAUUUGCAGCCAAAGGCGCCACGUUGCAGAGGUUCUAGCAAGUUCUACAGGUUCAAAGGUAGCAAGUAAUACAUGGAUUCUGAAUUCAAUUGCAGCCUGCAAACUGCAAUGCCUUGGUCAAUGAAAUGUGAUUAUUGAGGUCAUUAAUGAGUAUGAUCUCAAACUGAGUUUCCUCUGCAUCUUUACUUAUCAUGGUAAAAUAAUAUUGGCAAUAUUAUGCAACAAAAUUUUUUGUAGUCAUAAUAUAUACUUUGAAUCAUGUUUCAUGUAUUUCCCCUCUAGUGUGAGAAUUGUGUUUGAACUUUCAAACCAUCAUUUAUCAAUGAUAAAAUCUCGAUCUAUUUUUUUAA